AUUGCUCUCAUUCCGACGUUACUUCAAUUACUUUUUACUUCCGGGUUGCACGGGUUUUAGGUUUUAGCAGUUCAUUUAUCAAGCUAAUAUGAGCUAGCCGCCUUUUUGUUAACGCCAUUAGCUAGUUUAUCUAAGAAAAAAACAGGAGCUCUUUCGUCGGGAAACUGCAUAACAACUGCUUAGGUUGUUUUAACUCUUUAUGGCUACAGUACAUGGACACUGAUAAUGAUGUCUCAAACAAGGGAUGUGGAUGGGAAACCUGCCAAAAGCUAACUGCAAUUACAAGUCAUCCCUUGGCAACUCCCUGGUGUUGCGCAACCGUUGCUUUUUCGCCACAUAGUCCAUCAUGUCGUUACCAAAGGAGUCGGGGAACAGAGGGAAGGAUCGAGAGAGGGGGGCCCGUCCAAAGGUGAGACAGAGCCGGUCGGAGGAGAGACGAGGUUCAGGCAGUGGACGGAAAGGCGGGAAGGGGAAGAAGAAAGGCAUCGCUUCGCACGAGCCAGCGGCCGAGAGGCCUGUCAGCGAUGGCUUUGAGUACGGUGAGCUGUUGAGUGACCUAGAGACCAUGGACCAGUCUUCCUCCUCACCUCUGAAGGAGAGUUGGAGAUGGCAGGGUUUGGAAGCCGCCGCCUCAUUCCUAGGACAGGAACGGGUAACGGCCAGGCCAGGCCAGGGAACAGUUAGCUCUGCUACAGAGAUACCUGCACCCGGCGAAGGUGAGGGCAGAGGGUCAAGCAGCAGUCGCACUCUCCGGCAAAAAAUCCAAGACGCGAUGGGGCAGUGUUUCCCGUUAAAGACGCACAGCGCGGCCGCAUCCGCGCCGUCUCCAUCUCCGCAGGCUCUUUCGUCAUCGGUUGCCUGUGCCUCCUCGAAGCGCAAGAUCCAUCUCAGCGAGUUGAUGUUGGACGACUGCCCUUUCCCCGUAGGAUCGGAGCUGGCUCAAAAGUGGUAUCUCAUAAAGCAACACACGGCCCCCAUUACCCAGCCUCCCGCGCUCGAUUCUGCGGUGGUGUGCAGUGCCCCUGGCGCAGCCACGGCCACUGUGGUGGAGGACGUCGAUGACCGGUUGCGAGAGCGCAGGCGCAUCAGCAUCGAACAAGGCGUCGAGCCACCACCCAACGCAGAGAUCCACACGUUUGAGGUCACGGCCCAAAUUAACCCCCUGUACAAGCACGGCCCCAAGCUGGCUCACGGUAUGAACGAGCUAGCCGUGGGCGACAGAGCCUCCGUUCAUCAGCAACAGCAGCUUCUCCUCCAAAGGCAGCAGCAGCACCAGCUCCUUCUACAGAGCUGUUUGGACACUCUGGACGAGGUGGUGGCCUCCGCAUCCGCCUCGUCCUCUGCGUCCGCCUCCGUCCAGACCUGUGCUCCUACCCCCGACCCGCUGGUUUACCCGGAGGUGACGGCAACCAGCGUGCCCUCCAGAGCCGCGCUUCCUCCGACCGAGGAGCCCAAGUCUCACGACGGCUACCGCAUACACACUCAGAUUGAUUACAUCCACUGUUUGGUUCCAGACCUGCUGCAGAUCACCAACCUCCCGUGCUACUGGGGGGUGAUGGACCGCUACGAGGCCGAGACGCUGCUGGAGGGGAAGCCCGAAGGCACCUUCCUCCUGCGCGACUCUGCCCAGGAAGACUACCUCUUCUCCGUUAGCUUCCGGCGCUACGGCCGCUCGCUGCACGCGCGCAUCGAACAGUGGAACCACAAUUUUAGCUUUGACGUGCACGACCCCAGCGUCUUCCACGCUCCCACUGUUACGGGACUGCUGGAGCACUACAAGGACCCCAACUCGUGCAUGUUCUUCGAGCCGCUGCUGUCGAACCCCAUCCAUCGCACGCAGCCCUUCGCCCUGCAACACAUCUGCCGGGCGGUCAUAAGCAGCUGCACCACCUAUGAUGGCAUUAACAUGCUUCCCAUUCCAAAUGCUUUGAAAAAGCACCUGAAAGAAUACCACUAUAAGCAAAGAGUACGUGUACGGCGAAUGGAUACCUGGUGGGAAUAAGAAACAACAAAAAGUACGGACUAAAAGAAAACGACAUUUUAAACGCUCCUCGGACUGAACAAUGAGUCUUGUUCUUCACACUCUAUCUGGUAAACUGGUGUAAACCUACACUGCAAUGUACUUAUUUUUUUAAUUCCUGCUGUACAUGACUUAAUUGUACGAAACUACACUGAUGAGACAAUAUAUAAUCUCACUAAUCUUGCACACUCAAAGUUCUUUACGCUCAAAUUAAACAAACUUAUUUAGAUCUGUGGUGUUCAACUAC